AUGGAGAUGGAAGUCGAAGAGGAGAUGGGUUUACAGAACAUAGAAGGACUCGAGGUUCUCUACGGGACCAAUACCAUUUGUAUCGACUCCCCGAUUCUCCUCAACGGUCUUCAGGAUAUUUUAUCGCCCGAAAAGCUCUCGCUCAUGACUUCCCUGGAAAUCACAGUCACUCACAUACUUCAUCCGGCUUACUUCUUCGAGGGACUUUACGACGAUUCUCGUCUGGAACAGGGGACUAUCUUAUUUCCAUCAAUGAGACAGUUACAUUUCGUCAUUGACCAUCAUGAGCGUAGUUCUGUGUAUUAUCAUUAUAAGGUCGUCAACUACACCAUUUUGUACGCCUUGGUGAAACUGCUGGUGCUUCCGGGAACCGAGGUCAUCAUUUCGUGCGGCGACAAGCGGGAAUACUUGGUUUAUUGCGAACGUCCAUAUGGGGAUGGUUGGGCCUAG